AUGCCUCCAUACCACCAAUACACCCACAGCGCCGGCACCGGCAUCCCCAACCCUUACAGCAACACCCGCCCCUCUUCCACCAACUUCCCCGCCACCGCAACCCCCUCCAUGCACAUGAACAUGAACAUGCACGGCACCACAAACCCAGCCUACUCCGGCUCCGGCUCCGGCUCCGCAGCAGGGACAGGGUCCAGCAUGUCCGCCACCAAAACGCGCCAGUAUGCGCAACUCCACGCCUCGCUGGCGCAGUUGAACGCGAACCUCUCGGACACGCAGAAUCUAGUGCGCAUGACGGCCGUGCAGGCGCAGGAUAUGCGGUUCUUGGGCGGGUAUGUCGGGGCGCUGUUUAUGGGGUCGGCGAAGGUGUUGGGCGAGGAGGGGGUUAAGGUUGGUUCUGGUGCUGGGGCUGGCACUGCUGCGAAAAGUGAGGAGGAUGCGGAUGCCGAUGGGGAUGUUUAUAUGGAUGGGGAGGGGGUGGUGAGGGUUAAGAGGGAGAGUUAA